AUGGCCGACGAAGAGGAGGUGGCCCCGCCGAUUCCCAAACUGGCAGCAUCCCAUUGUGCACUUUCUGGCUAUAUUGGCUGUAGAUGUUGCGGCGCUUGCUGCCUCGCUUUCCUAUGUUUGCUUGCUACAGCUGCAAGUAUCUCCUUCAUCUACACCUUUGGGAAGUCUGAGAGUGGCAGGGCUGGUGACUUUCCCAGAGCUAUGUGCAACCCUGUGACGUCGCCCUGCAACACUGAAACGGGCUGGGAGUGUCGGGUUCUUGGCGGCUGCGUCUAUGGCCCGGAAUGUGGUCAGUUCCAGAACGGAUCGGUUACAAACUAUGUGCAGACGGUGUCUUUUGAUCCGGCCCGGAGAGUGGCACCCUGCGAUGUUUCCGAAUUGAGUCAGAUCAUGUCUGAGGCAAAAACUGAAGGCAUCAAAGUGAAAGCAGUGGGUGGCUGUGCCUCUUUGGAGGCUGUGGCAACCACCCAUGGAGUAUUAAUUGAGACUUACAAGCUGACAUCCAUUGAGGAAGAAAUGAGACAGAUCAAUGGCAAACGUGCCUUCUGGCUGGGAGCUGGUGUAACAGUCUCACAGGCCAUCGAAUAUCUGAGAGAGCAGAAUAUGGCCCUCGCAGACAAUGGAGGAUGGACUGGACAGACCAUCGUGGGUGCUGUAAUGACCGGUACACACGGGAGCGAUCUGAACUUUCCGCCCAAUUCGGAUUUCAUCCGUGCCAUUCAUUUUGUGAUGAGCGAUGGGAGGCAGUAUGUUUUUGAACCCAAGGGCGGCAGAUUCCAGCAGGGUGAUUUCGGGAACGAGGUCACUUUGGUCCAGGAUGAUGAUGAGUUCUAUUCUUCCGUGGUGACUGUUGGAAGUUUGGGAGUUGUGGUGCGGAUCCUCUUUGAGCCCUUGCCAUAUUACUAUGUUUUCCAGAAAGUCGUGAAGAGCACGGUGCCCAAACUGCUGGCAGGGGAGCUGGAUGAAUUCCGGGCGGAGUAUGAGAAUAUCAACAUUGUCAUCAAUCCAUUCAAUUCUGAGGUCACAGCCUCUGUUCGGAAGAGGUUUGCUGGCAGCUUCGACAAUAGUCAAAGUGUCUUGGAGAAUGCCCGGCGUGUGUUGGGCCUCUCCAAUCUGAGUCUUGUAGACGAGGUUGACCUUGAUGUCAUGAAGACUCGAGCUCUUGCUUCCUUUGGCUUCCGCAAUGUUGGGGAACUCAUCAAUGAAGCCAUUCAGCUGGUGGCCAAAAAGGUGAUUCCCAGAGCAGACGCCGAGCGGCUCACAGGGUUCUUCCUGAAUAGCUUGGAACAAACUUCAGAUGGGAUCUUUCUGCCUCCCGUGAGUCUCUCCUCUGGGCUCAUCAGCACCAGUCCUGUUGGCUCUUUGGGGACUGAAAUCAUUAUCCCUGAAGUGGACCUGGAGGAAUUUGUGAACCAAACUGUCACAUCUAUCCAUCGUGGCUUGCAAGAAAAUCCUCAGCCAUUGAUUCUGUCCCUGCGCUUCGUAGGCAAGUCCCAGCACAAGCUGGCCGCUUCGUUUGACCGCCAGAGUGUUGCCAUGGAAAUUCUGGGUCUUGGUUCCACAGCCACAGUGGCGCGCUGGGCCAAAGAGAUGAAAGAGGCAUUUCCACGGUCGCGCAUGCACUGGGGUCUGCAGCAGUAUGGACUGGUUGAUGCUGAAUAUGUGCAGGCCAGAUAUGCUGAGGGCUUUGAGCAGUUGCAGCUGAUGAUUGAAAAGUAUGACCCUGAGGGUCUUAUGAAGACCCCCUAUGUACAGCAGGUAGCACAGAAGUCGGAUGAGAUGAACGAGCGAUGUCUCAUGUUUACAUCCCUCAUUUUUGAGGCCUUCCAAGCGGCGGUGCUCAGGACUAGGCUCCCGCUAGUUUCGGAUCGAAAGAUUCAGCGCUCUUUGCUCGCUCUUUUCAGUGCCUCGAUGGAAUCCAAAAUCAUGGCCGACGAAGAGGAGGUGGCCCCGCCGAUUCCCAAACUGGCAGCAUCCCAUUGUGCACUUUCUGGCUAUAUUGGCUGUAGAUGUUGCGGCGCUUGCUGCCUCGCUUUCCUAUGUUUGCUUGCUACAGCUGCAAGUAUCUCCUUCAUCUACACCUUUGGGAAGUCUGAGUGUGGCAGGGCUGGUGACUUUCCCAGAGCUAUGUGCAACCCUGUGACGUCGCCCUGCAACACUGAAACGGGCUGGGAGUGUCGGGUUCUUGGCGGCUGCGUCUAUGGCCCGGCAGUUGGGAAAAUGAGUACAAACCAACUCUCGCUCUUCUACCGAGCGGAAUGUGGUCAGUUCCAGAACGGAUCGGUUACAAACUAUGUGCAGACGGUGUCUUUUGAUCCGGCCCGGAGAGUGGCACCCUGCGAUGUUUCCGAAUUGAGUCAGAUCAUGUCUGAGGCAAAAACUGAAGGCAUCAAAGUGAAAGCAGUGGGUGGCUGUGCCUCUUUGGAGGCUGUGGCAACCACCCAUGGAGUAUUAAUUGAGACUUACAAGCUGACAUCCAUUGAGGAAGAAAUGAGACAGAUCAAUGGCAAACGUGCCUUCUGGCUGGGAGCUGGUGUAACAGUCUCACAGGCCAUCGAAUAUCUGAGAGAGCAGAAUAUGGCCCUCGCAGACAAUGGAGGAUGGACUGGACAGACCAUCGUGGGUGCUGUAAUGACCGGUACACACGGGAGCGAUCUGAACUUUCCGCCCAAUUCGGAUUUCAUCCGUGCCAUUCAUUUUGUGAUGAGCGAUGGGAGGCAGUAUGUUUUUGAACCCAAGGGCGGCAGAUUCCAGCAGGGUGAUUUCGGGAACGAGGUCACUUUGGUCCAGGAUGAUGAUGAGUUCUAUUCUUCCGUGGUGACUGUUGGAAGUUUGGGAGUUGUGGUGCGGAUCCUCUUUGAGCCCUUGCCAUAUUACUAUGUUUUCCAGAAAGUCGUGAAGAGCACGGUGCCCAAACUGCUGGCAGGGGAGCUGGAUGAAUUCCGGGCGGAGUAUGAGAAUAUCAACAUUGUCAUCAAUCCAUUCAAUUCUGAGGUCACAGCCUCUGUUCGGAAGAGGUUUGCUGGCAGCUUCGACAAUAGUCAAAGUGUCUUGGAGAAUGCCCGGCGUGUGUUGGGCCUCUCCAAUCUGAGUCUUGUAGACGAGGUUGACCUUGAUGUCAUGAAGACUCGAGCUCUUGCUUCCUUUGGCUUCCGCAAUGUUGGGGAACUCAUCAAUGAAGCCAUUCAGCUGGUGGCCAAAAAGGUGAUUCCCAGAGCAGACGCCGAGCGGCUCACAGGGUUCUUCCUGAAUAGCUUGGAACAAACUUCAGAUGGGAUCUUUCUGCCUCCCAUCUUCUCCUUCUCCUCUGGGCUCAUCAGCACCAGUCCUGUUGGCUCUUUGGGGACUGAAAUCAUUGUCCCUGAAGUGGACCUGGAGGAAUUUGUGAACCAAACUGUCACAUCUAUCCAUCGUGGCUUGCAAGAAAAUCCUCAGCCAUUGAUUCUGUCCCUGCGCUUCGUAGGCAAGUCCCAGCACAAGCUGGCCGCUUCGUUUGACCACCAGAGUGUUGCCAUGGAAAUUCUGGGUCUUGGUUCCACAGCCACAGUGGCGCGCUGGGCCAAAGAGAUGAAAGAGGCAUUUCCACGGUCGCGCAUGCACUGGGGUCUGCAGCAGUAUGGGCUGGUUGAUGCUGAAUAUGUGCAGGCCAGAUAUGCUGAGGGCUUUGAGCAGUUGCAGCUGAUGAUUGAAAAGUAUGUAGCACAGAAGUCGGAUGAGAUGAACGAGCGAUGUCUCAUGAAUCUGAUGGCUUUUAAAGAUUCGUCAGGCUUAGGCUCAAAAGAGCUGAUCCUGCCUGAGCGAGAAAAGAGAACAGGUGCCCACAGGUUUCGGAUCAAAAGAUUGAGCAGACGCCGUGGCUCGAUGGCCGAUGAAGAGCAGGCUGAGCAGUCGACCCCGCUGGUUCCCAAACUUGGAGUAGCCGAUUGUGCACUUUGUGGCUAUAUUGGCUGUAAAUGUUGCUGCUUUUGCUGCCUUGCUUUCCUUUGUUUGCUUGCUACAGCUGCAAGUAUCUCCUUCAUCUACACCUUUGGGAAAUCUGAGUGUGGCAGGGCUGGUGACUUUCCCAGAGCUAUGUGCAACCCUGUGACGUCGCCCUGCAACGCUUCAACGGGCUGGGAGUGUCGGCUUCUUGGCGGCUGUGUCUAUGGCCCGGCAGUUGGGAAAAUGAGUACAAACCAACUCUCGCUCUUCUACCGAGCGGAAUGUGGUCAGUUCCAGAAUGGAUCGAUUACAAACUAUGUGCAGACGGUGUCUUUUGAUCCUGCGCGGAGAGUUGCCCCUUGCGAGGUUUCGAAACUGAGUCAGAUCAUGUCUGAGGCAAAAGCUGAAGGCAUCAAAGUGAAAGCAGUGGGUGGCUGUGCCUCUAUGGAGGCUGUGGCAACCACCCAUGGAGUAUUAAUUGAGACUUACAAGCUGACAUCCAUUGAGGAAGAAAAGAGACAGAUCAAUGGCAAACGUGCCUUCUGGCUGGGAGCUGGUGUCACAGUCUCACAGGCCAUCGAAUAUCUGAGAGAACAGAAUAUGGCCCUCGCAGACAAUGGAGGAUGGACUGGACAGACCAUCGUGGGUGCUGUAAUGACCGGUACACACGGGAGCGAUCUGAACUUUCCGCCCAAUUCGGAUUUCAUCCGUGCCAUUCAUUUUGUGAUGAGCGAUGGGAGGCAGUAUGUUUUUGAACCCAAGGGCGGCAGAUUCCAGCAGGGUGAUUUCGGGAACGAGGUCACUUUGGUCCAGGAUGAUGAUGAGUUCUAUUCUUCCGUGGUGACUGUUGGAAGUUUGGGAGUUGUGGUGCGGAUCCUCUUUGAGCCCUUGCCAUAUUACUAUGUUUUCCAGAAAGUCGUGAAGAGCACGGUGCCCAAACUGCUGGCAGGGGAGCUGGAUGAAUUCCGGGCGGAGCAUGAGAAUAUCAACCUUGUCAUCAAUGCAUACAAUUUUGAGGUCACAGUCUUUGUACGGAAGAGAUUCCCUGGCAGUUUCAAUGAGAGUCAGAGUGUCUUGGAGAAUGCUCGUCGCGUGUUGGGUCUCUCCAAUCUGAGUCUUGUAGACGAGGUUCAUCUUGAUGCCAUGAAGACUUCAGCUCUUGUUUCCUUUGGCUUCCGAAAUGUGGGGGAACUCAUCAAUGAAGCCAUUCAGCUGGUGGCCGAAAAGGUGGUUCCCAGAGCGGACGCUGAGCGGUUCACAGCCUUCUUCCAGAACAGCUUGGAACAAGCCUCGGAUGGCAUCUUUCUGCCUCCCAUCUUCACCUUCUCCCCUGGGCUCACCACCUACGUUCCUUACGGCUCUUUGGGGGCUGAAAUCAAUGUCCCGGCAGAUGACCUGGAGGAAUUUGUGAACCAAACUGUCACAUCUAUCCAUCGUGGCCUGCAAGAAAAUCCUCAGCCAUUGAUUCUGUCCCUGCGCUUCGUAGGCAAGUCCCAGCACAAGCUGGCCGCUUCUUUCGACCGCCAGAGUGUUGCCAUAGAAAUCCUGGGUCUUGGUUCCACAGCCACAGUGGCGCGCUGGGCCAAAGAGAUGAAAGAGGCAUUUCCACGGUCGCGCAUGCACUGGGGUCUGCAGCAGUAUGGACUGGUUGAUGCUGAAUAUGUGCAGGCCAGAUAUGCUGAGGGCUUUGAGCAGUUGCAGCUGAUGUUUGAAAAGUAUGACCCUGAGGGUCUUAUGAAGACCCCCUAUGUACAGCAGGUGUUAUCUGCAUGA